CCAACUCGGUGAAGUUUCGCCAGCCCCGGCUGAUGGUGCCGCCCGGGGAGAGCAGCUCCCACGUCGCCCUGCGGGGUUCCAGCCUGGCCCUGGAGUGCAUCGCGGAGGGCUUCCCCACGCCCACCGUGGAGUGGAUCCGUCUGAACGGCCCCCUGCCCGCGGAGCGCACGGCCCUGGAGAACUCCCAGAAAACUCUGCGGAUCCGGGACGUGCUGGAGGAGGACGACGGGGAGUAUCAGUGUAUCGCCCGCAACACGCAGGGCACCGCCCGCCACAUCUACACCGUCACCGUGGAAGCCGCCCCCUACUGGGCGCAGCAGCCCCACAGCCGGGUGUACGGCCCCGGGGAGAACGUUCGGCUCGACUGCUCCGUCUACGGGAAACCCAAACCCCUGGUGUCCUGGAGGGUCAACGGCGUCCCCUGGGGAGAGCUGGAGCCGGACCCGGCGCGGACGCUGCGCUCGGGGGCCCUGAUCCUGAGCCAGGUGCAGCCCAACAACUCGCUGGUGACGCAGUGCGAGGCCGUGAACCGCCACGGCCGCCUGCUGGCCAACGCCUACAUCUACGUCAUCCAGCUCCCGGCGAAGAUCCUGACCCCGGACGAGCAGCGCUACGCCGUGGUGGAGAACCAGACGGCGUCCCUGGACUGCCAGACCUUCGGGGCGCCCAUGCCCAGCGUGGAGUGGUUCACCGAGCGGAUGGAGCCGGCCCUGCAGGACGAACGCGCCUUCGUCCACACCAACGGCACCUUGCGCCUGAGCCGGGCCCAGCGCCAGGACACCGGCGCCUACGUCUGCCUCGCCCAGAACGACCAGAACAACGUCACCAUCAGCGCCUGGCUCGAGGUCAAAG